AAGACCAUAUAUUCGUGCACUGGAAACACAGAAAAAGAUAAGCUCGGUUCAGAGUCACAUCUUCCGCUGUCACCCAGAACUCUUGCAUAACUAGCCACUCGUUACAAGAACACCGUCAGUCACUUGCCUUCCACAACACAGAUGGACAUGCAGCUUCCGGUGUCGAUCCUCGGCGCAGGGCCAGCUGGCUUUGCCCUCGCCGCGGACCUCCAAACUCACGGGAGGAAAGUGCUUCUCUACUCGCAUCCCGACCACACACGGCAUGCCGACAGCGUGGCGGAAAAGGGCUGCCUCAGAAUAACAGGCGUCAUGCAGGGCACAACAGUUGUGGACCUCACAACAGAUAUAAGCGAGGUGGUGGCCUUCUCGAGGAUCCUGAUCCUGACGGUCCCGUCCACCGGACAAGAAACACUCCUCGACGAGCUGAAGGAGUUCGACCUCCAUUCGCAUACGAUCAUAGCCACCCCAGGCAAUUUAUUCUCGCUCGUUGCAGGCGCGGAUCUGGACGUAGAAAACAUCCUCGAGACAAAUAUAUCGCCGUACUCGUGCCGGAUGGAAGACGGGGCCCUACGCGUGAUGGGGAAGAAAGGUCUUGUCUCUAUCGCGGCGCUACGCAACGACCUCGGGCCUGAGUUUUACGCCGGCAUCCAGGGGAUAUUCCCAGUCGAGCUCAGGUGGUGCAGCAGCGUCAUCGAGGUCAGCCUGUCCAACAUCAACGGCGUCUUCCACCCCCUCAUGAUGCUCAUGAACGUCGGCCGCAUCGAGAGCACCGCGGGCGGGUUCCUGUUGUACCGUGACGGCCUCACACGCUCCGUCGCCAACGCCAUGAUCGCCGUCGACCGCGUGCGGAUAGAGGUCGGCGCGAAAUUCGGGCUGCGCCUGAAGAGCACCAUCGAGGUCUCCAACGAGUGCUACGGACAGGGCUUCACCGAUCUGGUCGACCUGGCCCAGAACUCACCACCACACAACAAGCUCCAGGCUCCGGCCGAUAUUGACAACCGAAACAUAUCGGAGGAUGUGCCAGACUUGCUGGUGGCCUGGCACGCUCUCGCUGAGAAGCUCGGCAUAGACGCGUCUCCUAUCACGGCUGUCAUUAUUCUCGUGGAGAUGGCUACUGGGAUCAAAUACAUGAGGCUGGGCCGGAACCUGCGAAAGCUUCAUUUGGAGGACGUUCCACGAGGGGAGCUCAUCGAGAGAUUUAGUCCUUGGGUGAUCCCGCACAACGAGGUUCGAUUGUAAUUUAGCAUUGUUGUAUUUUACACACAUCAUAGCAUAAGCGUUGCAAUUAGGGAGAAUAAAAA